CGCGACCAAGGAUGUCGGGAUGGUGUAGCGCCCUGAGUCGAUAGCGUUAAAUAUUCAGGCUAUUUUCAACAUGUCCGGCGUUCCCAGCUCGCAGAAAACUACCCUACUGAUGGGUCGAAAGUGUUUCCUGUGCCAAAACACACGCUAUCGCAGCAGGCACUGCCGUUUGUUUCGAUUUCCUGCGCGUGGUACAGCCAUGUGGAACCGAUGGUUAGCAGCGAUGGCACUCGGUGAAGAAGACAUCCGGCCUAACGAGCAUCCGCGCGUGUGUCAAAGGCAUUUCGAUCCAAAGCACUUUCUCACCAGGCAACUGUCCGGGAUGGCGGUACCGGUGUGGAAUUUGGAACGAAUCAAGCAUAUAGAGCUCUAUACCGGCGAAGAGUAUUCGGCUAAUGUUGUGAAGAUCUUCGACAAGGAAACAGAAACUACCGGUGACUGUGGUGAUGAAUGUAGUGAAAUAUCAGACGAGAAGAUUUUGCAGUAUGAAGUAGCUGAAGAUGUGUCGUCGGAUGAGGAAGAUUUGGGAAGAAUGGAGGAAGAAUGUACACCGCUGUCUCCGCACACAACUGGGGAUGCACAAUCGAAUGAAGCCACUUCCAUUUCAGCCGCCCUUAGCUGCAGUAUUCCUCGACAUGAAGAGCUCGAACAAUUGCUCUCGCUGGAAAGAGUUCGUGUGGAGCAGCUGCUGCGGUUGAAUGGCCAACAGAAGCAAAUUAUCGAGGAGCAGCAAAAUCUACUGUUGCAGCUCGGCGUAGAAUGCGUUGCGCUUCACCCGGACUCCGGAUUGGCCGAUGAUUCGGAUUGAAAAGAAACCGACAACACGGACACGUUCGAAUGCAUGUGCGUUUAUUUGCAGUAUUUGUAGAGCCGACAGUAAAAAAGCCGUGCGAAUGAAGCCACUUGUGAGGUCCAGCUGUUCGCGCAGAGUUUGCAAAGCACGUCGCCGUAACCGUGUGCACUUUGCACAUUUCAUCUUCUUGCGCUGGUAACAUUCCCGAUGGCUGACGGUACUGCAACGUGUACAGCUGAUGGCGUUAUCGUCGAACGGGAACAAAACCUGAUCAUUGUUGCAAAACUCGCAGAUGUAUGCUUUACCGAAGCAGAUCUAAAAGAACAACCAAUAUACCGUUGUAUGGUUAUGGACGCAGGAUUCUUAACGAUAACGUAUCUCACCAAACAAGUUCUGA